AGGCUAUUCUUAGUUGCAAGCACAAAUUUUCAAAAGGGAUGAGCUUAAGAAUAGAAUGGAAGAAAAUCCAGUCUCAAGGAGUCUCAUUUGUCUACUACAACAGUGAAUUUACAGUGGCUCCGACGACGCCGGUGUGCCAGGUGCCCAGCUCUGCCAUGACGGGGACCGUGGUGGAGCUCAGCUGCAAGGAGACGGAGGGGUCGCCUCCCUCCCAGUACCAGUGGUACAAGAACGGCGUCGCCCUGCUGGAAAAGACAGGAGCAGGCAGUGCUAGAGCAGCCAACGUAACUUACACUAUGAAUAAGAAGUCUGGCACUCUGCUGUUUAACACAGUUACAAAGAACGACACCGGAGAGUAUUUCUGUGAAGCCUCCAAUGGGAUUGGAUUGUCUCGGAAAUGCUCAGUGAAGAGAAUGCAAGUUGAUGACCUUAACGUCAGUGGUAUCAUUGCUGCUGUAGUAAUUGUGGCUCUGGUAAUGGCAUUGUGUGGCCUUGGAGUAUUUUAUGCCCAAAAAAAGGGCUACUUUACAAAGGAAAGCCCUUCCCAAAAGAUGACCAACUAUCAAUCUACGAGUGAAAAGGAUUUCAAGCAUACCAAGUCCUUUGUUAUUUAG